AUGGUGCACAAUGAAUCUGAACGCGAACAAUUUCUUCGGAACGAUCAAGUCAAGCAAUGUCGAAUAUGUUUAGAUACUGAUAAUACUGAUAGUUUAAUUAGCCCAUGUUUAUGCAGUGGCAGUGCGGCCUUCGUUCAUCGGACAUGUUUAGAUAAUUGGCGAUCGGAAAAUAUCCGUGGAAUUGGAUUUAACUAUUGUGAUAUUUGUAAAUUUGAAUAUGUGAUUGAAACAGUCGAUAAUGACUUAAAAGCUGAAAAGAUAAGACGUUUAAAGUAUUAUUUCUUUGUUACUCGCGAUAUAACAUCAAUUUUCUUGUUAACUCAACUAAUUAUUCUUGCUUUAACAUUCUUAUUGAAAUUGAUUGAUAAGAAUAGUGGAGAUAUUAAGCAUCAAUUUCCAAGUUGGAUGAGUGAAUUUGCGAUGUACUACUUAACUUCGUUUGUUUUAUUAUUAGUAUUAAUUGGUUUCAUUGCAUUCAUAAUUAGUUGCUGGUCCCUUGGUCGUAUUGAUCGUUGUAUUCCAAACGGUUUUGGUCUCAAUAGUGGGAAAGGACUACUUACCUGUCUUAUAAUCUUUGUAGUAAUUUACGCCAUGAUUGGAGUGCUCGUCGGGGUGUUUUAUAGUAUUGUCAUUCUCCAGAAAAUCAUGGAACACCAUACAAGAAAGUUAUGGCUAAGACAAGAAGCAAACAAAUAUAUUGUUAAAGAUUUUCAAGGACGAAGAUCAGAAUUAGAAAAGUAUAGAACGCCAAUGGCAGCAUCUGCAAUACCAUAG